CACAUUCCAUAACAUAACAUAUUCAUCAUCACCACCUUCAAAACAAAACAAUGUCUCAUGAAAUUUGCCUAGUACCAUUUUUCGGACAAGGUCAUCUCUUCCCCUGCAUCGAGCUAUGCAAACACUUGGCUUCUAGAAACUUCACCGUCACCCUCUUCAUCUCCUCCACCCUCUCCACCUCUAUCCCUUCUUCCCUCCGCCAACACCCUCUCAUUCAAAUCACUGAAAUCUCAUCACCGCCUUCGCCGGAGCAACCACCUCACCCACACCACGGCCACGACGACCUGGCCCGAGGGCUGGAUGACAUCCUCUCCGACAAAACCCAGCGUCUGGCUCGACCCGUUUGUGCAAUCUUCGACGUCAUGAUGAGCUGGUCCACCGAUAUUUUCAAAAAAUUUGAUAUUCCCACGGUGGCGUUCUUCACCUCCGGCGCUUGCACAUCCGCCGUGGAGCUCGCCACAUGGAAAGACCACACGUUAGACUUAAAACCGGGCGAGACCCGUUUUCUUCCCGGGUUACCCGAAGACAUGGCGCUCACGUCUUCUGACCUUAAACGACGACGUCAUGAUCCCCCACCUCCGCCACCGCCACAUCAUGGCUUUCCUCUACCGCAUGGUGGUCCGGGCCCCGGGAAGAUGGGUCCACCUAAACUAGGGGAACAACCUCCAUGGGUGGAGGAUAUCCGAGAAACAAUGGCGUUGAUGAUCAACACGUGUGAUGAAUUGGAACGUCCAUUUAUCGACUACAUUGCAAACCAUGUCGGAAAACCGGUUUGGGGUGUUGGACCGCUUUUACCCGAGAAGUAUUGGAACUCAGCCGGUUCAGUUAUCCACGAUCGGGAUAUCCGGUCGAACCGACAAUCCAGCGUCACUGAGGAAGAAGUCACCCAAUGGUUAGAUUCAAAGUCACAUGGAUCCGUGUUGUACGUGUCAUUUGGUAGUGAAGUAGGCCCUACGGUGGAGGAGUAUCAGAAUCUAGCUCAAGCACUCGAGACAUCUAAACAACCUUUUAUAUGGGUGCUCCAACCCGGUUCAGGUAGACCGGGUCCUCCGCCGAUUUUUGCUGCCGGUUCAGGAGGUCCAGAAGCAGAAAAAGAUGGAUAUUUUCCUCAUGGGUUGGAUAGUAGAGUUGGGAAUAGAGGUUUGAUUAUACAUGGAUGGGCACCACAAUUGUUGAUACUGAGUCACCCAUCAACGGGUGGAUUCUUAUCCCAUUGUGGAUGGAAUUCAACGGUGGAGGGUAUUGGACGUGGAGUCCCAAUCUUGGCUUGGCCAAUAAGGGGUGAUCAAUACCAUGAUGCUAAGUUGGUGGUGAGUCAUCUUAAGGUGGGUUACAUGGUCACUGAUGAUCUAUCAGAAAAGGUGACCAAGGAUGAUGUUGUUAAGGGAAUAGAGAGGUUGAUGGGUGAUAAAGAGAUGAAGGAAACAGCUGAGAUUCUUAGUGCCAAGUUUCAGAAUGGGUUUCCAAGAAGUUCUGUGGCUGCUUUAGAUGCAUUUAAGGAUUAUGUCCAUAAGAAAUUAUUAGUCUAGGUUCCUCAGCUAAAACUGUAUAUGUUUCUUUAGACAGUGUCCUGAUUCUAGAUACCAUAAAUAAAGCUUUCCUUUUUGGCCACUA